AUGAAGAAACGAUCCCCAUCUCUCAAGAAGCCGGCCAUGAAUCACUUCCUGAACCUGCCCAAGAUGGAAACUCUUGCAGGCUCUGAUCAUCAUCAAACCAAGAAAAACUCCAAGAAAAAUGCCAAGAAAGCAGAAAUUGGUCUGUACCCACCACCACUGCCUUCACGCAUGAGGAAUCGUAUCCAACACAUGGGUUGUUCCGGUAUAGUUCUGGUGAAACAGAAGGGGUUGUUCGCCACCGACCUUAAAAAGGGCAAUAAUCGGCUCUCGAUUCCGGGCAAUUGCGUCAGGAACCAGUUUCUGACAGAGGACGAGAAGGCCAUCUUGGAGACCAGAAGAGAUGGGAAUUUGGUGGCCAUUGAAACGCUGCUGAUUGACCCGGAGUUGAAUGAAUGGAGGAUGAAAUUGAAGCGGUGGGAGACGGAAUCAAGUUUUGUGUAUGCGCUGGUUAAUCCUUGGAAUGAUGUUGCCAACACCAAUUCCUUUGCCGCAGGUGAUGUUCUCCAAGUUUGGGCAUUCCGAGCUCUGUUUUGCUAUCGUGAAGGUGGGAAUUACUGCUUCUCAUCUUCAACUUUAGGGCUUCAAAUCUUAUCUGCAAAUUUAGGGUUCUACUGA